AUGAGGGGAUAUUCCGUGACGGUCAGCCAGUCCGACGCACAUGACGAUGAGCCCGUGGACUCGCCAGUCCGCGUUCACAAUGAAGACGGCGCAUCGCCCAUCGUGCUGGUUUGCGAACACGCGUCAAAUCACAUCCCCCCGAUUUAUGGCGGACUUGGCAUCGAUGCCGCAACGGCUAUGAGCCAUGCGGCCUACGACCCCGGCGCGUUUCCGGUCGCCAAACAUCUGAGUGCGCUUUUUGACGCACCGCUGGUCGCCGGAACGGUUUCGCGCCUGAUCUAUGACUGCAACCGUCCGCCGGAGGCGCCUUCCGCCAUGCCCGAGCGAUCCGAGCGGUUUGUCAUCGCCGGCAAUCAAGGCUUGUCCGAAAGCGAAAGAGCGGCGCGCGUCGAGGCCGUCUACCGGCCGUUCGAACGGACGCUGGACAGGCUUCUCGAUGCGCGCCCAGACGGGUUUCUGGUCACGGUGCACAGUUUCACGCCGGUCUUCAACGGCGUCAGCCGCGAGGUCGAACUGGGCAUUCUGCACGAUGCAGAUUCUCGUCUGGCCGAUGCCAUGCUCGCCUCUGCGGACACCAUUUCCCUGCGCACGGGCCGCAAUGUGCCAUACGGUCCGGAAGACGGCGUCACCCACACGCUGGUCCGGCACGCGCUGCCGCGCCGCUGGCCCAAUGUCAUGCUCGAAAUCCGCAAUGACCUGAUCGCCGACGGCUCCGCACAGCGGCGGAUCGCGGACCAGAUUCACGGGGCGCCCAUGACGUCGCAAAGCAAACGCGCGCUGAGUUUCGAGGCGCUCACCGCCAUGACCGACGCCGGCGAGAUCGACACGGUUCUGGUCUGUCUUGUCGACAUGCAGGGCCGCCUGAUGGGCAAGCGGUUUCAUGCCCGGCACUUCGUCGACACGGCCCACGAGGAAACCCACUGCUGCGACUACCUGCUGGCGACCGAUCUCGAAAUGGCAACGCCCGACGGCUAUGCGGCGACAAGUUGGGAGAAGGGGUACGGCGACUACACGAUGAAGCCCGACCUUUCGACGCUGCGGCUGGUGCCCUGGCUGGAAGGUACGGCGAUGGUGCUGUGCGAUGUGCUCGACCAUCACAAUCAUGCGCCCGUGCCGCACGACCCGCGUGCCGUGCUCAAGCGCCAGAUCGAUCGGCUCGCGGCCCUCGGCUACGAGGCCAUGGCAGCGACCGAACUCGAAUUCUUUCUGUUCGAAAACAGCUAUGAGGAACUGCGCCAUGCCGGUUACCGGCCGCUGGUGCCGAUCUCCGGCUACAAUGAGGAUUACCACAUCUUCCAGACCACCAAGGAAGAGGCGAUCCUGCGGCCGGUGCGCAAUCAUCUUUAUGCGGCAGGCAUUCCGGUCGAGAAUACCAAGGGCGAAGCCGAAGCCGGGCAGGAAGAACUCAACAUCCGCUAUUCGACGGCCAUGCUGUGCGCCGACUAUCACACCAUCGCCAAGCAUGCGGUCAAGGAGAUUGCCUGGCAGAACGGGGUUGCGGCGACCUUCAUGCCCAAAUGGGACCAUCGCCGGGUCGGCAGCGCGGCCCAUAUCCACCAGUCGCUGUGGAAGGACGGCGAGCCGGCAUUUCGCGAUCCGGCCGCCGAUCUGGGCAUGUCCGACGUGAUGCGCAGUUACGUGGCCGGGCUCAUCCGGUAUGCGCCCGACUACACCUUCUUCCUGGCGCCUUAUGUCAACAGCUACAAGCGCUUUGCCAAGGGCACCUUCGCGCCGACCAAGAUCGCCUGGUCGGUCGACAACCGCACAGCCGGUUUCCGGCUCUGCGGAGAAGACACCAAGGCGGUGCGGAUCGAAUGCCGGAUCGGCGGCUCCGACCUCAACCCCUAUCUCGCCCAGGCGGCGAUGAUGGCGGCUGGCAUGGCCGGCAUAGAUGAGGGGCUGACACUGCAAGCCCCGGCGGUCGGCGAUCUGUACGGCGACGACAGUGCCCCGGACAUACCGCGGACCCUUCUAGCCGCAGCCGAGGCGCUGCGCGGCUCGGCCAUGCUCCGGAACGCGAUGGGUGACGAUGUCGUCGACCACUAUGUGCGCUGCGCCCAAUGGGAGCUGGAGGAGUUCGAACGGGCCGUCACCGAUUGGGAAGAGCAAGCCGGCCAUGCGUGCGCCCGCGCGCGGAGCGCGCAACCGGCCUGGGCUGCCGUGCCGCUCGACGCGCGCAUCGCAUUGGUGCGCAAGGCCGUGGCGCUCAUCGGCGAGCAGACCGACCGCAUGACCACCGAACUGGCGCACCAGAUGGGCCGCCCCGUCCGCUAUGGCGGCGAGUAUGGCGGCUUUUCCGAGCGCGCCCGUUACAUGGCCGACAUAGCGGCCGAAGCACUGGCGCCGCUGGUCGUCGAGGACAGCGCCGCGUUCGUCCGCACCAUCAAGCGCGAACCUGUCGGGGUCGUGCUGGUCGUUGCGCCAUGGAACUAUCCCUACAUGACGGCGAUCAACACGAUCGCGCCGGCGCUGAUCGCGGGCAACACGGUUGUGCUCAAACAUGCCACCCAGACGCUUCUGGUCGGCGAGCAUCUGGCCGAGGCUUUCCAUGCGGCCGGCGUUCCCGAAGACGUGUUCCAGAACGUCUUUCUCGACCAUGAAACGACAUCGGCAUUGAUCGCCGAUCGCGCCUUCGAUCUGGUCAACUUCACCGGUUCGGUCGGCGGCGGCAGGGCCAUGGAGCGCGCCGCGGCGGGCACGUUCACCGCCGUCAACACGGAGUUGGGCGGCAAGGAUCCCGGCUAUGUGCGAGCCGACGCCGACAUCGAUGCGGCGGUCGCAGGCCUGAUCGACGGGGCCAUGUUCAACUCGGGCCAGUGCUGCUGCGGCAUCGAACGCAUCUAUGUGCACGAAAGCAUCUACGACGCCUUCGUCGAAAAGGCGGUCGAGCUUGUCCGGGGCUACAGGCUGGGCAACCCGCUGGACCCCGAAACGACGAUCGGGCCGAUGGCGCACAUUCGCUUCGCCGACGCGGUGCGUACGCAGAUUGACGCGGCGAUCAAGACCGGCGCGACCGCCCAUAUCGAGACGGCGUCCGAAGACGAUGGCGGCGCCUAUCUGACGCCGCAGGUGCUGACCGGCGUGAACCAUCAGAUGGCGGUGAUGCGCGAGGAGAGCUUCGGGCCUGUCGUCGGCAUCAUGCCGGUCCGCGACGAUGAGGAAGCGAUCGCGCUGAUGAAUGACAGCCAUUACGGCCUGACCGCCUCGCUGUGGACGGCCGACGCCGAUGCCGCCGAGGCGAUCGGCGCACGCAUCCAUACGGGCACGGUGUUCAUGAACCGCUGCGACUAUCUCGAUCCGGCGCUGUGCUGGACCGGAUGCAAGGAUACUGGCCGCGGCGCCGGCCUUUCCGCGCUCGGCUAUCACGCGGUCACACGGCCUAAGUCCUACCAUCUGAAGAAGGCCUGCGCCCAGGCGGGCAUCGCAAAGCCGCUUUUGGUCACCGAUCGUGGGCUCGCCGCCCUGCCGGUCACGGCGAACACGCUUGAUAUGAUGGAAUCGGCCGGCCUGGGCCGGGCGGUCUUCGCCGAAGUCGAUCCCAAUCCGACCGAGAUCAACAUGGAUGCCGGCAUCGCGGCCUACAAGGCGGGCGGCCAUGACGGCGUGAUCGCUUUCGGCGGCGGUUCCGGGCUUGAUCUGGGCAAGAUGAUCGCCUUCAUGGCCGGUCAGAGCCGGCCCGUCUGGGACUUCGAGGACAUCGGCGAUUGGUGGACACGGGCCGACGCCGACGCCAUCGCGCCCAUCGUCGCGGUGCCGACCACGGCCGGCACCGGCUCGGAGGUCGGCCGGGCCAGCGUCAUCACCAACUCGCAGACCCAUGUCAAAAAGAUCAUCUUCCAUCCCAAGGUGCUGCCGUCGGUGGUGAUCUGCGAUCCCGAACUGACCGUCGGCAUGCCGCCGGCGAUCACGGCGGGCACGGGCAUGGAUGCUUUCAUCCAUUGUCUGGAAGCCUAUUGCUCGCCGCAUUAUCACCCGAUGAGCCAGGGCAUUGCGCUGGAAGGCAUGCGGCUUGCGAACGACUACCUGCCGCGCGCCUAUGCCGACGGCGGCGAUCUCGAAGCGCGGGCACACAUGAUGAGCGCGGCCGCCUUGGGCGCGGUCGCCUUUCAGAAGGGCCUCGGCGCCAUGCACGCGCUCAGCCAUCCGGUCGGCGCGAUCUACAACACCCAUCACGGCACGACCAACGCCGUCGUCAUGCCCGCCGUUCUCAGGCUCAACCGUCCGGCGAUCGAAGGGCGGAUCGCCCGUGCGGCCGCCUAUCUGGGCAUCGAUGGCGGCUUUGACGGUUUCUUUGAUCACGUCAUGGCGAUGCGCGAGAGCCUGGGCGUGCCCGACAGGCUGGGCGUGAUGGGUGUCGGGACCGACCGGAUCGACGAACUGGUGGCGAUGGCGCUCGAGGACCCCAGCGCCGGGGGAAACCCUGUCCCGAUGACGGCGGACAACACGCACGCGCUCUAUCGCGCGACGAUCUGA